GCCCUCCUUUGUAUUUUUCUUGCAAUUUUUUUCUGAAAAAAAAAAACAACAAUUCAGAAAAUGUGAUAUCUUGAGUUAAGAAUCUUCUGUUUCUUCUAUUCUAUUCGUAACAGGUGCUGCCGCUACACCUCGUCUACAAGAUGUUACUAUGAGCGUGGGAUAUUUUUACAUAAAAUGGUCUGCCUACAUUGGCAGCUGAGGACUUGUGCAACAGUUUGUGCCGUUUUCCAAUUCUUUCUUGCUUCCAACUAUACAUAUCUCGAAGCCAUGAAAUCAGCCGCAACAUAAAAAAUGGGAUGAGUUAAGAUUCAAUGUGUGGGGAAAGAAGCAAUCCAGCCAUGCGUAUGGCCGUAUCACCAUAUUUGAGAAACACACUCCUGAAUCGUUCAAUUUCAUAUAUCACCAAUCUCAAGCUCAGAUCAGUAUACAGAGAGGGUUGCUUGAAAGAGGUCACACACAUCAGGCUUACAAUACACUCUUGUGCGCAUCUUCAACUAAUGCAACCCUGCAAUGUGCUCUCAGAGGGUAAGUUAAUACACUCUCACGCCAACGACAGCACUCUCUUACAAAAUACACUUAUCAACAUGUAUGACAAGUGUGGAAGGGUGGUGGAUGCUCGCAAAGUGUUCAACCAAAUGACUAAACCAAACGUCUUCUCAUGGAAUAUAAUCAUUUUAACAUACCGAAGGCGUGGGCAUCCGGAAGAGGCACUGACGCUGUUUCAGCAAAUGCAACGAACAUAUAUCCUACCCAAUCAUUUCACCUAUUCCACCUUCCUCCCGGUGUGUGGCCAAAUUGGAGAUUUGCAACAGGGCAUGGAAGUCCAUCAAAGGAUAAUUGAAAGCGGAUUUUUAUCAGAUGUUGUAGUUGGGAAUGCUCUAAUAGAUAUGUAUGCAAAAUGUGGAUGCAUACACAAGGCACGCCAACUAUUUGACGAAAUGAAUGAUACUAAUGUGGUCUCAUGGACUGCAAUGAUAACAGGAUAUGCACAGAAUGGUGAUCUUGACAAGGCUUUGAGGUUUUUCAAAGAAAUUCCUCAACGAAAUGUGGUGACAUGGAAUGCUAUGAUCGUAGGAUAUUCACAAAAUGGUGCUCUUCAUGAGGCUUUAAGGCUUUUCGAAGAAAUGCCUCAACCAAACGUGGUCUCAUGGACCGCAAUCAUCGUGGGAUAUGCACAGAAUGGGUUGCUUGGUAAAGCUUUGGGGACUUUUAAGCAAAUGCAAUUAACUGGUAUAAACCCAAACUCAACAACUUUUGCUGGCAUCCUCCCCGCAAUUACCAAAAUAGGGUUUAUGGAACAGGGUAUAGAAAUUCAUGAAAAGAUAAUUGAAAGCGGGGUGUCAGAUGUGAUGGUUGUGUCUGCGCUGAUAGAUAUGUAUGCAAAAUGUGGAAGAGUAUGGAAGGCGCACAAAUUGUUUGACAAAACACCUCAACGAAAUGUCUUCUCAUGGAAUGCUCUGAUUUCAGGAUACGCACAAAAUAGUGUUCUUGAUGAGGCUUUACAGCUUUUCAAAGAAAUGCCUCACCGAAAUGUGGUCUCAUGGAAUGCGAUGAUUGUAGGAUAUACACAAAAUGGUUUCCUUGAAGAGGCUUUAAAGCUUUUCGAGGAAAUGCAUGAACGAAAUGUGGUCUCAUGGACUGCAAUCAUUGCUGGAUAUGCACAAAACGGAUUGGUUGUAAAAGCUUUGGAGUUUUUUAACCAAAUGCAAGGGGAAGGCAUAAAGGCAGAUUCAUCAACCUUUGCCAGCAUCCUCCCAGCUUGUGCCAAACUUGGAGCUUUGGACAAGGGUGUAGAGAUUCAUAAAUUAAUAAUUGAAAGUGGAUUGUUGUCGGAUGUUGUAGUUGUGACUGCUCUAAUAGACAUGUACGCAAAAUGUGGGAAAAUGAAUAAGGCAUGCACAUUGUUUGAAGCAAUGGCACAACGCAAUGCAGUCUCAUGGAAUGCAAUCAUAGCUGGAUAUACACAAAAUGGAUUUGUUGAAAAGGCUUUGGAGAUUUUUAAGCAAAUGCAAUUUACAGGUGUAAAGCCAACAUCAGCGACCUUUGUUAGUGUCCUCCCUGCUUAUGCCAAACUUGGAGCUUUGGAACAGGGUAUAGAGAUCCAUUUAAAAAUAAUUGAAUAUGGAUUUCUGUCAGAUGCUGCAAUUGCAAAUGCCCUGAUGGAUAUGUAUGCUAAAUGUGGAUGCAUACAGAAGGCACGUAAAUUGUUUGAUAAAAUGCAUAACCAAACUGUGGUCUCAUGGACUGUGAUGAUUGCAGGAUAUGCAAUGCAUGGCUUCAGCAAGGAUGCCUUUAAUCUUUUUGAACUAAUGAAGCACUCUGGAACCAACCCUGACCAUGUAAGUUUCAUUUGUGUUUUAUUUGCAUGCAGCCACGCAGGUCUAGUGGAUAAGGGCUGUAAAUACUUCAAUCUCAUGGGUGACUUCUACAUUAUGCCUACCAUGGAUCAUUAUGUGUGCAUCGUUGACCUUCUUGGCCGUGCUGGCUAUCUUGAGGAAUCCCUAAAUGUUAUCCUUAAAAUGCCAAUAUCUCUUGAUGUGGUUGUAUGGAUAUGUUUGGUUGGUGCUUGUAGAUCACAUAGGAAUACAGUGCUAGGAGAAUUUGUGGCAACACUCCUUUUUGAGUUGGAUCCUAAAAAUGCUGCACCCUACAUUCUUCUUUCAAACAUUUAUGCAGACAUGGGCAAGUGGGGUGAUGUUCAAAAUGUAAGGAAAUUGAUGAAAGAUAAAGGAAUUGAAAAAAAGCCAGGCUGUAGUUGGAUUGAAGUUCAGAAAACUGUACACGUUUUUCGUGUAGGAGACAGAUCGCACCCACAAACACAGGAGAUAUAUUCAAAAUUGGAGAAAUUAUCUUGUGAGAUGAAGGUAGAUGGGUAUAUUCCAGAAAAAAGACCUUUAAUCAAUGAUGUGGAGGAGGAGGACAAGGAAUUAUUCCUUUGCCACCAUAGUGAGAAGUUGGCAAUUGCAUUUGGAUUGUUAAACACAUCCUCUAAAACGACUAUUAGAGUUGUCAAGAACCUUCGAAUAUGUGGUGACUGCCACAAUGCAACCAAGUCUAUCUCCAAGAUAGUUGCAAGAGAAAUCGUUGUGAGAGAUGCAAACCGGUUCCAUCAUUUUAAAUAUGGGCAAUGCUCCUGUGGCGACUAUUGGUGAUGCAGGGUGAAGCAAGCUGAAGUACAUAUUGACACUAUAGCAAGAUGCAUGAAUUGAGAUUGGUAAUGAUAAAGAUUGUAUCAGGUGUGAUUUCCAUUUUUUUUUGAAGAAGUGUUGCCUCGAAAUGUCUUGAGGACUACAUCAUUCUGUUGGUUUGAUGAAGUCAUAUUGUACAGUAUGCGUCACUGCCUACCCCUAGAUCUAAUUACAAGCUAUCUGUUAAACCCCUGAUUUAUAUAAUCAUGGGGUAGUCAUAAAUUUGAACUUCAUUUCAGGAAGUUUGUACGGCUAUGGAGUGAAAAAUUUGAAGUGGCAUAAGAAUAGGAAAUGCGAAAAAGGAACAUAAUACUUGAAGAAAAUGGGAAUCUUCUCAAUGAGUAGGAAAGUAAGAGAAGAGAAGGGCUUACAAGAAAUGCAAUGUAAUAGUGCACUAAGAAGAUCGCUUGAUAGUUCUUCAUUCUUACCUUAUUAAUUUUAGACGGUCUUGACAAUUGUAAUGGUGAAAUUUGCAUACUUGUGCUAUUUCCCCAUUAUUUUUGUGUCCAUUU